CCCAAGGGCCAAGGCAACAAAGUGCAAAACGGCUCAGUGCACCAGAAGGAUGGGUUGAAUGAUGAUGACUUCGAGCCCUACCUGAGCCCCCAGGCCCGGCCGAACAAUGCAUACACUGCAAUGUCUGAUUCCUACCUACCCAACUACUACAGUCCCUCCAUCGGAUUCUCCUACUCCUUGGGUGAAGCUGCCUGGUCCACGGGGGGAGACCCUCCCAUGCCCUACCUGACCUCCUACGGACAGCUGAGCAACGGGGAGCCCCACUUCCUCCCAGAUGCCAUGUUUGGGCAGCCAGGGGCCCUUGGCAGCACUCCCUUCCUCGGGCAGCAUGGCUUUAACUUCUUCCCGAGCGGGAUUGACUUCUCAGCUUGGGGGAAUAACAGUUCUCAGGGACAAUCCACCCAAAGCUCUGGCUACAGCAGCAAUUAUGCCUACGCCCCCAGCUCGCUGGGAGGGGCCAUGAUUGAUGGGCAGUCAGCCUUCGCCAACGAGACCCUCAACAAGGCUCCUGGCAUGAACACCAUCGACCAGGGCAUGGCAGCCCUCAAGUUGGGCAGCACAGACGUGGCCAGCAGUGUCCCCAAAGUGGUGGGUUCGGCUGUGGGAAGCGGAUCCAUCGCCAGUAACAUCGUGGCAUCCAACAGUUUGCCUCCGGCUACCAUCGCUCCGCCGAAGCCAACCAAGAACGGCAUCGCAGGGUCAAGUCUUCCACCACCUCCCAUAAAACACAACAUGGAUAUCGGAACUUGGGAUAACAAGGGGCCGGUGGCGAAAGCCCCGGCGCAGGCCUUGGUUGCCAACCUGGCCCAGCAGCCGGGGCAGGUGUCCCCGCAGCCCGUGGGCCAGCAGAUCAACAGUAGCCCUCCGGUGGCCCAGGCUGGGG